AUGGACAUAUGUAAGACGACGAGGAUGGGUCAACUUCGUUCGACGUCUGUCGUGAUACGAUCCAAACGGGGGUCAGAAGUUAACACCAUCCAUCCUAUCGUGACCAGCCAUUUUGUCAAGGCAACUCUUCGAUGUGCUCGUGUAGCUGUUACCGUCGAAAGUCCAACCGGAAAGCAUGCAGCCGCCUAUCCUUCAAAUGGGCUAUCCGAUCAGGGAUCAGGGAUAGUUUCGGCAUGCGAAAAAACCACUAUGGAAAAACUGCUGGAUCAGGAAGAGCCAAUCAAGAAAAGUGCUCCUCCGGUGGAUAGCGGCGAAGGUCAACUUUUACAUCAAGCGGCCUAUGGUCGGCGUUUCGACAGCGACGAGGCCCUCGGGGAGCUGCCACGCGGAGCCGCCAAAGUGACACUAACUUGUGCAGGUGUGACUGGUUAA